AUGACAGAAAAUACUUCUGCAAAUGGAUCUUCUGUGACUGAAUUCAUUCUGAUGGGGUUAACAGGCCAACCUGACCUGCAAAUACCCCUGUUCUUCCUGUUUCUAGUAAUGUAUAUGGUAACUGCAUUGGGGAAUUUGGGACUGAUAAUUCUAGUUGUACUGAAUUCACACCUUCACACCCCCAUGUACUUUUUCCUAUUUAAUUUAUCCUUCAUAGACCUCUGUUAUUCUUCUGUGAUUACACCCAAAAUGCUCUUGAACUUUAUAUUAAGCAAGAAUGUUAUUUCUUACAUGGGAUGUAUGAUACAGCUCUACUUGUUUUGUUUUUUUGCCAUUUCUGACUGCUACGUGCUAACUUCAAUGGCCUAUGACCGCUAUGUGGCCAUCUGUAAUCCACUUAUGUAUAACACUGCCAUGUCUCCUAAAGUGUGUUCCUACCUUAUUCUUGGUUGCUACUUGAUGGCAUUUGCUUGUGCUAUGGCCCACACUGGAUGCAUCCUGAGACUGACCUUCUGCGAAGCAAACACUAUCAACCACUUUUUCUGUGAUCUCAUCCCUUUGCUUCAGCUCUCUUGCACCAGCACUUAUGUCAGUCAACUAGAGAUUUUCAUUGUAGGGGGCAAAGACAUUAUUGUGCCCAGUCUCACCAUCUUUAUUUCUUAUGGUUUCAUCCUCUACAGUAUCUUCAAAAUGAGGUCAACUGAGGGCAGGUCCAAAGCCUUUAGCACAUGCAGUUCCCACAUAAUUGCGAUUUCUCUGUUUUUUGGAUCAUGUGCAUUUAUGUAUCUGAAACCCUCCUCCAAAGGGUAUAUAGAUAAUGGAAAAAUCUCAUCUGUCUUUUAUACCAUUGUAGUUCCCAUGAUGAACCCCUUAAUCUACAGCUUGAGAAACAAAGAUGUUAAACUUGCCCUGAGUAAAAUCCUUAGCAGGAGAAAAGUUUGA